UUUUCUUUUUUUGGACUAGCUUAAAAUCAGUAAGCCUUUAUCCCAAAUACAACCAAAGACCCAAUAGAGAUCGACCCAUUAACCCAGUAACCCUACUCCACUCAAAAGAAAUGCAUUUUCCAAUUUCCACUUUUAAUUUGGCAUUUAUGUAAAUUCAGCCACUUCCAAACCCAAAUAUGUUAUGUUGUUUACGUGGCAAGAUCUCAUUAAACCACACCUAAGAGGGAAAACAUGUUCUCUCAACGGACGGUAUCUACCCACAUUGUCUAUGUUUCAGUUGCAGAGAGACAGGAAGCAGUAAAAGAGACAGAAUUCAUAGCUUCUUCGAAGAGAAAAGAACAUGACAAAAAUACCCAUAUGAAAGAGAGUUUUCUUUGGGAUUUUUGCAAGAAGAAGAAAAAGAUAGAGUUGUUAAAGAAUGGAGAGUGGUAUCAAUAGCAGUAAGAGUAAAAUGGUGGCAACCAAUCAAAGAAAAGGCUUUGAAGGAAUCAGAUUAGAGAAUACACUUGCUUUGAAAGUGGGUCAAGUAUUUACUGGCUUUGGCAUUGGCUGUGGUAUUGGUAUAGGCGUGGGUCGCCCUAUAAAUAUAGGUGCCAUACCUAUGCUGGGCCAAGUUAUGACUGCAACUAGAGGUGCAACUGAUGCAUUUUCUGUUGUUAGCAGACAUGUAAAUGGUGCUCUAAGGAAGUUGGGAGCUAAGAACAUUGAAGCAGGCAUUGGAUGUGGAAUUGGUCUUGGCCAUGGUUUUGGUGUUGGACUUGCCAUGAAGCCUGGGGUGAUGCAUCAAAUUCAAUGUUGUGUUAUACAAGAGAUGACAAAAUUGAUGGUGAAGCUCGGAAUGGCUCCCAAUUUGCCUUUCAGUGAAGGUGCUUUUCCUGUAUCCAUUCAAAGUGCUUUGACAACAACAAAUGAACCCUCUAUCCAAAGCCCACGUGGAAACAUGAAGCAGAUGGUGUCAAAAGUACAAGAUCCUAUAUCUCAAAGCUUGCAUGGACCAGGAAAUAUGAGCAGCGGUUCAGCUUAUGAAAAAUUUUCAUCAAAAUCUCCAACGAAGACAUCCUUUGGAAGUCAAACAGAAAAGGUUCUUAAUAGUUUUUUGCAAAAUCCAGUUUUGAAAGAAGAUGAAACUAGCCUAAAUGAACUGGUUGGGCGGUUGCGUUCUGAAAACAACAUGCUUCAAUUGGUGUUGAAACAUCAGCAGAUGAUUGAGGAACUUAUGGAGGAGAAUCAAAAGCUUCAUCAGAUACUCAUGGAAGAUCUGAAAAUACCACCCAGCAAGCUUCAAGCCAGUUACUCAAGUAAAAUUAAAUCUCCAUGUUCAGAAUGCUUCCAUUGCAGAAGGAAACAAAGGAAAAAUAGAUGAUAACAAAGUAUUGUAAGUAAACUAAAGACCAUUCAAGUUCUAUACCAAAGUUCUUAUUUGAUAACCUUUCGAACAGGAUUUUUAGUUCUGGCCAUCAUCAAUUAUGAGCCAAAGGAAGAAUACCUCAAGACCAAAUCAUCAAGCUGAUUAAACAACACACAUGAUUAUAA